GUAAUAGACAGCUUACAAUGGGUUGCUUCUCAGAACGAGCCGGUCUCUUGUAUUGGUAAGUCUUGUGUGUUGUGUGAAUGGAGCAUGGUUUUCAUUGCUAUGCUUUUCUUAUUCAUACUACACACGUUUAGACUUAUACAUCGUUUUGAGUGCAGAAGAGACGACGUAGUCUGUGCUCAAUUAAAUAUGUUUCUAUCUAUGGUUAUUACAUUUUUAUUUUUUAUUAUCUAGACCUUCACUUAGCUUACGGCAAUUCCAAUAGCCGCCUGUGUUCUUCAUUCAAUUGAUUACUCCAGCCAUGCUUUUAAAGGGGGCCUUAUUAGCUCUUUUUAAUAAAGAAGUUCUAGCGGGAGUCCUAGAUGACUUGAUUGGGAACAGUCACCAAGACAUUAGCAGUUAUAACCAUAAAUUUACGCUAAAUGUCACAGAAGUAUUAACAACCUUGGAUGGCGGCAAACUACGUAAUAUGUUCGCAAUUAAUGGGAAGCCAUUCUAUGGUGCUCAACCGCUCGUCAUAGACGAAGACGACGUUGUUGAGAUAGAGUAUAUCAAUAAUGCCAGCAGCAAUACUACAUUACAUGCCCAUGGCAUCGUGCAACAAGGAACAAUGUAUUCUGAUGGUGUUCCCGGUGUCUCACAAAUUCCCAUCCAGCCAGGUCAGAACUUUACAUACAAAUGGAAGGCAUCUGAUCAGUAUGGUCUCUAUUGGCUCCAUUCUCAUUAUAAGGAUGUAUACCAGGAUGGCCAAGCUCUGCCGCUCUAUAUUCGUCCAAAGAAUGGUAGAGAGAAACCUUUUAACUUGCUUACGAAAGACGAUACAGAACUCGCGUCACUUGAAAAUCAGGACAAGGACCCUCAGAUUAUAAUGAUCUCUGAAUAUGCUAGUAUUAAUGGUACUCAUGAGAUAGAUCUAUCAGAAUCUUGGAAUAGUGAACUCCUAUGUUAUGAUUCAAUUCUUAUAAACAGCUCCGGUCGCAAAAAUUGCCCAUCUAUGGACAAACUCAAGAGUUAUGCUGAUGAAAACAUGAAUGCUUUGAUCGCAUCAGAUUUUGUUACUGCUAAGGGUUGCCCUGAUGUUGUUAAAUCAACACCAGCUGUCUCAGAUGAUACAAUUCUUGAUCCAGAUCUCUGGUACAACUGCGAGGAAACUAACACAGAUGUGCCUAAAUUUGAAUUUGAUUACGUACAAGGUAGUGAUGGAGAACAAUGGGGUGUUUUUCAUAUGGUCUCGGCUUCCUCAAAGUGGUCAUAUAUCGUCAGUAUUGAUGAACACCCUGUUUAUCUUUACUCUCAGGAUGGAAACUAUCACAAACCAAUGCAAGCUGAUGCAUUUGAGCUUGUAAUAGGUGAAAGCAUAGGUAUUGGUUUUAAGUUGCACACACCUGGUGAAUACACUAUGCGAAUUAGUAAUUUAGAUAUGCCACAAAUACUUGGAACCCAUGCCAUUAUCCGCUACGGUAUGGAAGGAGAUGCCAAGUAUGAAGUUCAGUAUGAAAAAGAAGAAGGGUUACCAGCUUUACCAAAAUCAAAGCCAACAAUAAAUUACGGUGGAGGUAUAAUUGAUAAGGAUGCCACUUUUGUGCAAUCAACCCACUUGAAGAACUUUGAUGCACCUGAUGUUCCUCUUAAAAAUAUGGCAGCAGAUAAAACUUUAAUAAUGACGAUACAAUAUGAUGGUACAUUGUAUUGGGGUUUAAGCGAUAAUGGAACAGAGGUUCAACGCUACGACAUGUCCAAAAUGGAUGCUGAUACCCCUGCGCUUUUUAAUUUGGAAAGAUACAUCAAUUCUGCUAGCUCAACUGCUCAUUAUCACGCUCAUAGUGUCGUCGAUGUCGUCUUCAUCGUUAACGGAACGUCACCUCAACCACCGCAUCCGAUGCACUUCCAUGGUUUACACAGAUUUCUCCUUGCAGUCGGUACUGGACCAUGGGAUUAUUCCGAUGUAGGCGAAUUUGAUGAGAAAAACCCAGGAGUUAUCAAUUGGGAUGAUCCGGCUUAUUUGCAUACAUUUAACACUGCACCAUCGACUCCUGAUGCGCCAUCAUAUCUUGUGACUAGAUUCCACGCAGGUGCCGCUGAACCGACUCUUCUCCACUGCCAUGUUGGAUCACACAAAGCACAGGGAAUGGAAUAUCUCCUAAUUGCGGAAGGAGAGCAGCAAGAUAUUCCGGAUUACUACAGAAUGAAGGUUAACCAGUAAGAUACCUAAAAUAUAUCUAGUAAUAUAUAAUUCUUU